AUGUCUUCCAAAGGCCCCGGUCUCUUCUCCGACAUCGGAAAAUUAUCCAGAGAUAUCCUUACCAAAGAUUACAACUCCAAUCAACAGUUCACAAUAUCCUCUUCCACCAACUCCGGCAUCGAUUUGCAUUCAACGUUAUUAAAGAGUAGAGGACUUUCCUCCGGUGAUGUUGCUGCUCAAAUUAACCACAAAAACAAUACUCUUCUUUUCAAAGUUGAUACCGAAUCAAGUGUGUUGACAACAUUUACUCUCACAGGUUUUGUGUCUUAUGCGAAAGCCGUUGCUUCUAUUCGAUUACCUGAUUACAAAUCCGGAAAGAUUGAGGUUCAAUAUCUUCAUGAUCAUGCUGGUUUUACUACUUCUGUUGAUUUAAAUUGCAACCCUGCUAUUGAUUUUUUUCUGCGACAAUUGGUACUCCUGGGAUUGCAUUUGGCAGGUUGGGGACGAGGUUCUGAGCAUGUUGAUGAAGGAGUACCGGCAGCAGGUGCAGGUGGUGGUGUUCUGCUGAGGAAACGCAGAGCAAUGCUUCAGCUUGUAGUAGGGCAACGAGUUUUAUUGAAGAAAUGA